AUGAGCGAACCAGACAAGCCCCCAAUCUACCCUCGAUACUGCUUUCAUCUUGCACCCACCGUGAACCAAUGGUGCCCAUUCCGCGUGACCGAUGUUCACGGUCUUGAUCAACACUCAGGUUUUGAAGGUGAAAACUUCUACUUCUAUGAAAACCUACCAAUCAAGUGGGUGCGCAUAGUUGGGUUGGUCGUCGCCAUUGACGAAUUCACGGGUAGACGCGUCUAUACCAUAGAUGAUAGUAGCGGCGCAUGCAUCGAGUGCACUGUUACGAUACCCAUCUUUUCAGGGGAAUACGAUAAUGCGACUGCAACAGGAGAUGCUGCCUCGAAGAAAGCGGACGCGAACCCGCCACUACCUGCUAAUCCCUUUCCGACUAUCGACGUUGGAUGCGUUGUAGACGUCAAGGGGGGCCUUUCCAAUUUCAGAGACGAGCGGCAGCUCAACAUCGAAAAGAUGACUGUCCUACGGAGCACCCAGCAAGAGGUUGCACUCUGGGAAAAGAGGAUUAGAUUCCAGUCCGAGGUUCUCGCCAAACCGUGGGUCCUACGAAAAAGUGAAAUUCGCAGAUGUCGCCAUGAAGCUGAGCGAAGCGAAGAAGCAGCGGAGAAGAAACGAAAACGGAUGAAAGCGAUGGCCGGAUCUGGCUCUACGAAACAGGCAUCGAGGUCGGCAGAGCAGAAUGAGCAGAGUAACGAGAGGGUUAAGCGGGAGCCGAGCAAGGAAACACGUCUGGAUCUUCGGCAAAUUAUCGAGAGGGGCGGAAGAGGCAAAUACAAUGCGCUGGGAUUGUGA